UGACGUCGGGCCCGAUACCAGCCGUAGCAUCCGAGCGUCGUGUAUGUAUUUCAUUAGCUUUCGAGCUGUUGCCGGUUCGUUUGUUCGACGAAUAACAAUCGAGGUACCGAGUCGCGGACGAGGAAUGAUUUUUGCGUGCGCACAAAAUGCGGUCGGCGCGAGACGACGUAGCGAUCGUUUCCGAAAUUGUUCGUAACAAAAAGCUGCGCAGUUGUUGGCAUGCGACUAACUAAAUGACGUGCGAAAAUGAAUUCUGUUCGUAAAAUUUUGUUUGUCGUCAAUGUUUUCCUGGUGUGUUUUCUGGCGAUUUUGAACGUUUAUCGUAAGUCGACGGACCACGUAGGUCAUAUUUUAAGAUAAUAUGUUUAAUAAUUUUUUUUUUCCUCUAGUUGUUUCCGGACAUACCACUAUUGUCGACAUCAAGGAGUAUGAAUACGGAGGCGACAUAUUUUUCGAGAUUACGGAUCCACCGGAACUGCAGUACACGUAUCGCAUAAGACCUGCAAAAACAUUUGGCAUUCCUUUCGUAAUUAUUUUUUUUCAAUAAACUCUACUUUGAUUUUAUGCCUCUAACAUUAUAUCGGUUUAUUGGAGACGGGUCGUUACAUCCACAACCAUGUUAGGUCAGGCGGAGGGGUUCUUUUCUUAAAGUAUUUUAUAUUUAAGUAAACGGACCCCUUAUUAUUUUCCGUGGCACUUGACUGUCAGAGCUGGGACAUGAGCAUUGAUCAAUCGGAGGUUGUGAUUAAUAUUUUGCUGCCUCCAAUUAUCAGAUUUACCAAGUUCAAUAAAUGUUUUUGUUCUUUUAUGAGUGAUAAACUUGACAAUAUAAUAGUAAUCUUAUAACAUAAUUAUGAAAUAAAAUACUAAAAUAAAACCGAAGAAAUUAUCAAUUUAUAGCCAAAUUUAAAAUUAAGUAUUGUUGAAUUUCCGACUCAAUAGUCUAAAUUUUCAAGUUUGGGGAUGUCAUCUUCCACCUAUAUUCUUCCCUGAAUGGAUAUUAUAAACAUAAGGACAAUUUAGGUACAUAAAUUAGUGUUUACAUUUUUGUUCCCUUUCUAAUUAGUAUCCAAUUCAGGCAUUGAUUAGGUGCAAAACAUAAAUUUUUCUUAUUUCUAUAUAAAAAAGUUAACCCGUCUCAAGAUUUUAAACGCUAAAAUAAAUUAAUCAUCAUAAUAUUAUUUAUAAAAAUGUUUUUUUUUUUCAUAUUUAUAAAGGAUAAAGAAAAUUUCCCAGUUACAAAAACAAAAUUGGUGCUUGUUGACCCAUCGCACGGAUGUGAAAAACCUAAAAAUGCCAAUCAACUAAAAGGAAAUAUUGCAUUUGUGAAAAGAGGGUUCGCAUUUAUUUUGUGUGCUUAUAAUAUAUAUAUUUGUGCAUUUUAAGAUAGUUUACUUUUGUGUUUUAGUGAAUGUAGCUUCUUGCAAAAAACUGUGAUAUCUGAAAAGUCUGGAGCAAAAGCUAUAGUCAUUACUGACAAUAAUAUUUAUGAUGAUUCAGCAUAUAUUCACAUGAUUGAUGAUGAGAGUGAAUUGUCCGCUAAUAUUCCAGCUGGCUUUCUUGUUGGAAAGUCUGGGUUAGUAUUAUUUUCCGUUUACUCUUUAUGAACAUUAACACUGUUAUGUUAUUAAUGAUAAUAGUAUUAAUUCCUGAUAAUGUCAAUUGCAAAACGUAUAGGUAUCGUGUAGGAAUAAUUGUAAUAUUGUGUUCUAGGCAUUUGAUUCAUACCAAAAUGUCUGAACUAAUGGUUACUGAACUACCUAUCAUGUUUCCAUUAAACAUGACAUAUGUACCACUGCACGAAAUCAAGCAACCACCUUGGAUAUCAAUUUGAAUCUCAGAAUAUUUAAUUAAAUUUUAGACUGAAAAAUCCCUCCACACUAUAUUAUUAUACUCGGAUAUUAUUGUUUAGUUAUAAUAAUUGUAUUUAAAUAUAAGUAAUUUAAGUUACUGUAAAUCAGUGUUUCUCUAUUGGCUAACUCUGUUAACUUGCAAAUACGACAACAAACUGGCAAAUAUAGUUAUAUUUGUCAAUGUAACUAUACAUUGUCUAUACAUUAUCCAAUACAAUCUGUCAAACCGUGUUGUAGAAAAAUUCGAUAACAAAUCAUCUAAGUAUGCAGUAUAAUAUUGUGUUCUAUUACACACAAUAAAUUUAUUACAGGGUUUAAAUUAUACAGGGAGUUAUUUAUAACAAACAUAUUUAAGCAUUAUAUUCUAGUAAAUAGUUUUAUUUACUUGAUAUUCUAAUUAUAAAAUAUGUUAAUGUUUUUUUUUUUUUUCUAACUAUUUGUUAUAUAUAGUAAUUAAUUAGAGGGAUUAUAAAAUUAAUAAUUCUGUUUGAUAGUAUAUACCUACAUUUAAUUAUUUUUAUUUAAUACUCAUCUUAUCUUAUAUAAUAAAUAACUAAUAAAAUAGUUUGUUAGUAUUUUAUCAUUGAUUAAUUAGUUGAACAGUUAUAUCUAUUGCAGAAUUGAGAAUUCAGCUAGUAACUGAUUGUCUUUUUACUUCUAUUCAAAUUAUAAAUAUUAUUAUAAUUAAAACUUGAUUUUUACCUAUGCUGAUUAAAACACACGCAAUCAUUGUAGAAAAGCUGAAAAUUUAAUUUUAUAUUUAAAACACAUGUGAGGGAUGUCUUAAUGAAACAUUUCUGGAUGCUCCAUAUGAUUUAGUCAUUAGUAAUGUUGAACGGGAUCUACGACCUUCCUCUUUUGAAACUAUAGACCAUUUCUGCAAUGAUGCUGAUCCAAAUAUCAAAUAAAAACACAUAGAAAACGCAAAAGUGGACAUAAUAAUCCAAAAGACCAUGUUCCAUUCU